UUUUGCGCCUCCCGAAAUAUUUCCCUCUUCUCCGACUCUCCCAAUUCCACUGCCGGAAAAUCCAUGGCUUCGUCGUCCGGAGUCGAAUCUAGACGAUCGGCGUCGGGAGGAUACUACCGUUCUUCUCCGUCGCCUUUCGCCUCGUCGAGUUCGACUUUUUCCGCCCGCUCGUCGACUUUUCGAUCAUCAUCUCCGAAUCGUGUUGCGAUGAAUGGAAAAUCUUCGUCUUCGCUGUCGUCGUCGUCGUCGGCGGCGGCGGCGUCUGUGAGGUUUCAGAUUGAUCGGGGUUCGUCGACGUCGCCCGGCCGUUCGAUUUCGGUUCAGAAGGCGAGGGAAAAUGCGAAUGCGGUGUCGUCGAAUAAGAAGAAAGUGUGCAUGUGUUCUCCGACGACGCAUCCAGGCUCGUUCCGGUGUUCUCUUCACAAGAAUUCGACGUUCUCUGUUGGUGCCGCGAAUCGCCGCCAGUUCCAAAACGGAGCGUUCGGAUCGAGCAGCACGUUGAAUUUCCGGAGAUCGGCAAUGACGAACUCGCUUGUGAGAAUUGGAGUUGUGGAAGGUGGUGACCUAGUGAGAAGAGCUUUAUCGGCUUUGAUUAGGCCUUCUUCAAACCAGCAGCGGCGGCAAUUAGCAUUUCAGCCUAGGCCUAGCCGGUUAUCCGUCAUGUCAAGAGCAGAGGAGGACUAGCGAAAAGUUUCCAACUCUAAAGUACAUUCAUUGUUAACUGGUUUUCUUGCUCAUGGCGACGACUAUUCAAUACAGGUUCAUUGCUGAUCUAAAAACUUAUUAGUAAGAAAAUUCGGGUAUCGUGGACAGGUACAUGACUAGACAAAUUUGAGAAAUAUAUACUCUGUAUGAACAUUAGUUCGAGGAAGUGAUCUAGAAUAAUAAAUUAGCAGAGUCAUCUGUUUUACUCCCUUCGUUUGAAAAGUUUUGUAGAACAAUCUCGACAUCUUCUGCCGUGUGCACGACAGCGACUCCAUCAAGUGAAAAUGUCAAGGCGCGGAUCAAUGAUGAUUAGAAUUGGGCUGAAUUUUGGUUUGGUUUUGAAGGUUCUUAGUUUUAGAUUUCCUUUUUGGUUGUGCUGAAUAUUCUUGAUCGUGUAUUUUUUUUCUUUUGUAGGUUUUUAUUUUCAGAUUUUUUUAUAGGCUUGAAAUGUGAUCAAUUCUGUACUUAUGAACUCGUAUUUGUAUGAUUCAAAGUUUGUAUAU